GCAUUGGGUGGUAAGAUGUAGGUUCUUAUGAUCUCUCUCCGUUUCUCGCUUAUACCGGCGCAUUUACUACAAGCACCGUUCUAAAAAAAUCGCUCACCUGACAAGAAUAGAGAAAAGCAUCUGUUGGCACGAUGUAUCAUUCACCGCCACUCUUCCCUGUCUAUAUGAGGACUGAAACCUGACGUGUAAAAGCAGAGAAGGCGGCCACUGCUCGCUGGGAGACGCAGAGGGGAAACUUCAGCAAGUGCUCUGGAGGAAGCCGGGUGCGCUGGAUGGCGUUGAUCCGUUCUCCCGCCAUAGCGUUCUAAAAUAUUAUCGGUUGAGCAGCAAAAGUGAAGGAAUAUCAAUCCAUUCAUGCUUUCCCUAAUUUUGCCCGAGUCUGUCACAGACGCUUCGUGGUUUACAGAGGAAACUUAUAUUCUAUUUUGAAGACACUGUAUGAAGGUAGGCACGCAGUAACGAUUGACAAAAAUGCAGAAGAGGUCAUGGCACUUCAAAUGGUUAGGGAUAGGACUUCUGCUGUUAGCUACUUGUUGCCUGUCUCAAGACACAGAUGACUGGCAGUAUGAUGAAUGCAAACUCUCCAGAACUGGUCCACCCGCCACCAUUGUUGCCAUAGAUGAAGAGAGCCCCAAUGGAACACUUUUGGUUGAGAAUAUGCAAAUCCAAGGCCGAGUGGAAGACCCAGGCAGAACCAUCUCUCUCUCCCUCCGAGACAACUACAACCACUGGGUCAUACUGGACCCGGUCAGACAAAGGCUGUACCUCAACAGCACCGGCAGGGCCCUCGACCGAGACCCCCCGUCCUACAUCCAUUCCAUCGUUGUCCAGGUCCAGUGCACCAAUGAGCUGGUCGGGACCGUCAUUUUACACGAGGUGCGCAUUGUGGUGAGGGAUCGCAAUGACAACGCACCCCGAUUCCAGCAGCCUCGCUACUAUGUCGCCAUAAAUGAGUUGACCCCGGUUGGCACCACCAUCUUCUCCGGCUUCACUGGGAAUAAUGGAGCCCUGGACAUUGAUGAUGGCCCUAACGGACAGAUUGAAUACAUCAUCCAGUACAACCCAACUGACCCGGCGGCCAACAGGACGUUUGACAUCCCUCUCACCCUCUCCGGCUCGGUGGUCCUGAGGGAGAGGCUCAACUACGAGGAAAUCACCCGCUACCUGGUUCUCAUCCAGGCCAAUGAUCGCGCCCCGUACCCCAACGAACGGCGCACUGCCACCACCACCCUGACUGUAGACGUGCUGGACGGGGAUGACCUGGGGCCUAUGUUCCUGCCCUGCUCUCUGGUCGACAACACACGUGACUGCAGCCCUCUCACCUACCGGGUCCACAUCCUGGAGCUCACUGACCCAAGCAAAGUGAACCCUGUCAACGUGACUCCCGUCAUUCAGGCCGUGGACCAGGACAGGAACAUCCAGCCUCCGUCACAGAGGCCAGGCAUCCUCUACUCCAUCCUCAUUGGCAAGCCUGAGACGUACGUCCACUUCUUCUCCCUGAACAGAACCACCGCCGAGCUGCAGCUCCUCAAACCGCUCAUCAGGGACCUGUACAAUGGAUUUGACUUGGUAAUCAAGGCAGAGCAGGACAACGGCCACCCCCUGCCUGCAUUUGCUAACCUCCACAUUGAGGUUCUGGAUGAGAACAACCAGUCACCAUUCUUCCUGGAGGCCACAUACCAGGGCUUCAUCACCGAGUCAGCACCAGUGGGUACCACAGUGUUCACCGACGCCAGCCUCACCACCCCUCUGGGGAUCAACGUUCUGGACAACGACAUUGAGGAGACGAAAGAUCCCAUGCUGCAGAUAUCCUUGGACAACUACAACACAAUCUUCACAGUGACACCUUCAGGGAUUACCCGCUACCUGACACUGCUGAAGCCCGUGGACCGUGAAGAGCAGCACAGCUACAUGUUCACAAUGGUGGCUUCUGAUGGAGUUCAGGAGAGUACUCCAGUGGCCAUUAAUAUCACAGUGAUCGAUGCCAAUGACAACACACCAACCUUUUCGAACACCUCCUACAGUGUCAAUGUUUACACAGAUAUGCAGCCUGGGGAAACAAUAUUACAGCUGACUGCUCUGGAUGCUGACGGGGGUCCCAAUGGGCUUGUGACCUACAAGAUCCUGGCGGGGGAUCAAGGACACUUCAUCAUCAAUAACCGCUCGGGAGUGAUCACCGUGGUGCCUGGCGUCUCCCUGGCCGUGGGACGUUCCUACACGCUGACCGUGAAGGCUGUGGAUAGUGGUCCGGGGUCCCAGAGGAGGAGCUCCAUCACCACCGUGUACAUUGAGGUGCUCCCCUCCAACAACCAGAGCCCCCCAUGCUUUCCCCGCUUCCUCUACAGCCUGGAGGUCAGCGAGGCCAUGAGGAUCGGAGCCACACUCCUCAGCCUGCAGGCAACGGACCGUGAAAGAGACGUCAUCACCUACAGCAUCCAGAACGGGGAUCCCCACCACCUCUUUGAGCUCUCGCAGAUGUCAGGGCUGUUGGUCCUGAGGAAACCACUGGACAGGGAGACAGAGGAUCACUACACCCUCGUUGUAACUGCCUCAGAUGGCCGUCCAGAAGGGACCUCCACGGCCACUGUGAAUAUCGUGGUCACUGAUGUCAAUGAUAAUGACCCUGUCUUCGAUCUGCUCCUGCCCCAAAACCUAACCGUUACAGAGGAGGAGGCCAACUGUUUUGUGGGCCAAGUAAAGGCCACAGAUCCAGACGCGGGGGUUAAUGGCCAGGUGUGCUACCGACUGGUCAAUCACGCCGACCUCUUCAGGAUCAACUCCAACGGCACCAUCUCCACCGCAGUGCCUUUGGAUCGAGAGGUCAGGGGUCAGUAUGACCUCAUUGUGGAGGCGGAGGACAGAGCGGUGGAGGACCCCAGGAGGACCACACUGACUCUGUCGGUGACUGUGCUGAAUGUGGAUGAUAACAGUCCGGUGUUCUCACAACCAUCCUAUACGGUCAAUCUGCCGGAGAAUAGUCCUAAGAACACAGUCAUCCUGCAGUUUACCGCCAAAGACGCUGACCUGGAUUCCAACAUCACCUUCCGUAUCCGGACGCAGGAGGCCAGACAACUUUUUGCCGUCAACCCAGUGACUGGAGAGCUCUCUGUGCUGCAGACGCUAGACUUUGAGACCCUGGCAGCCUCGGACCAUACCUACACCUUCGUGGUGGAAGCCCUGGACAAUGAAGAGAGCAUGCCCCCAGGCCUGGCCACUGUCACUGUAAAGAUAAUGGAUAUGAAUGACUACUCUCCAGUGUUCAGCCAGGUGGUGUACAGGGGCAUGGUGGCUCCCAACGCAGUCAAGGGGACCGUGGUCGCCACGGUACAGGCAGAGGACCUAGACCCUCCUGGCACCCCUGCCAGCCAUGUGCGUUACAGACUGGACCUGAAUGAGGAACCUUACAGUGGCAGCAUCUUUGACGUGGAUGAAGUCACAGGCAGCGUCAUCACACGAGUCAACCUCAAUGAAGAGCCCAAUCUAGUGUUUAGCCUGGUUAUUGUUGCCUAUGACGACGGGGAGCCAAUGAAAGUCAACAAGACCCUGGUGGUUAUCACUGUCCUGCAACCCUCCAUCAUACCAGUUUUCACCCAGGAGGAAUACAGAUUUCCCCCUGUGAGUGAGAAGGCUAAGGUGGGGAAGCUAGUCGGUGUCAUAUUGGCUGCAGCUGUCAAUCAAACGAUUGUCUAUUCCAUAGCGGAGGGCAACGAGGGAGGUGUGUUCAGGCUCAACAACGACACCGGGGUGAUCUCAACGGCCAAGCCCCUGGACUAUGAGGCCAACGGCAGCUACAGCCUCAGAGUGGAGGCUGACUCCAUGGGGUUGGCCGAGUCCAACCUCCGAGCGGCCUCCAAGACUAACACAGCGAGGGUGUUCAUUGAUGUUCUGGAUGAGAAUGACCACUCUCCUGUCUUUACCAAACCCUUGUACCUGGGAGGAGUGGCUGAGGACGCAAAGACAUUCACUUCCGUACUACAAGUCCAGGCCCUGGACAAGGACACAGGGAAUUACAGCUCCAUGCAGUACAGGCUCGUUAUCCCUCCCACCACCAACGGCAAGGACGGCUUUGUCAUCGAGCCCUUCACCGGUGUCAUCAAGACUGCCAUUAUGUACAGGAACAUGCGCCGGUCUUACUUCAAGUUCGAAGUGGUCGCCACUGACAAUUACGGCCAGGGGGGACUGAGCAACAAGGCAGAGGUGGUGGUGUCCGUGGUGAAUCUGCUGGAUAUGCAGGUGGUGGUGUCCAACGUUGCUCCUACAGUGGUGGAACAGAACAAGGACAAGCUCCUCGGGGUCCUGGAGCGCUAUGUGCAGGACCAGAUUCCAGGGGCCAAAGUGGUGGUGGAGUCCAUAGGACCGCGGCGGUUUGGCGACGGCUUCGAGCAAGAGGACUACUCCAAAUCAGACCUGAUGGUGUAUGCUGUUGACCCUCUGACCAACAGGGCCAUUUCACGCCAAGAGCUGUUCAAGUUUCUGGACGGGAAGCUGCUGGACAUCAACAAGGAGUUCCAGCCGUACCUGGGCCGAGGAGGGAGGAUCCUGGAGAUACGCUCCCCUGACGUGGUGACCAGCGUGAAGAAGGCCAUGCAGACCGUGGGCUACACAGAGGGGGCGCUGCUCGCCCUCGCCGUCAUCAUCAUCCUCUGCUGCAUCCCCGCCAUCUUCAUCGUCAUCAUCACCUACAGGCAAUUCAAAGAGAGACAGGCGGAGUGUGCUAAAACUGCCCGGAUACAAAUGACCCUCCCUACUGGCAAAUCAGUGGUUGCUGCCACCAACAACCUGUAUGAAGAGCUGGGGGACAACACCAUGCGCGGGUAUGGACAUCAUGAGCAACAGCAGUUGCUCAGGCCCUCUCUUCUGAGACCGGAGGAACUCUCUAUUGAGUCUGGUAUCGAUCCUGGCCAGGACUAUUACACCCAGGAUUAUUAUAAUUGUGACCAUGGGUAUGAGCUGCCUCAGUAUGGCAGUCGCAGGAAGUUGAUAUCUCCGACAGGCCUGUAUGAUGAGUACGGAGAGGUGAUUGUGGAAGACGAUGGGAGCUACUACUAUUGCAGUCCACAGGAGUCGGAUGGAGAGUACGGGAGGAAGAAGCGGAUCAAGCUGGUGGUGGACAGGGAGUAUGAGACCAGUUCCACGGGGGAGGACAGUGCUCCGGAGCCCCAAAGGAACCGGCUGUCCAAUCUGACCAACCACAGCCACGUCAACGGCAGCGUGUACCUGGCACAGAACGGCUCGGUCAUACGCACCCGCCGGGCCGCCCACUCAAACAACAUAAAGGUCAACUCCCCAGUGCGCCUGGGCAAGCACUUUAAGAAACUAGACAAACUGGCGGUGACUCACGAGGAGAGACUGCCACUCAACAGCCCCGUGGCGACCACGUCCUCGGCCGACAAGAACCUAAACACCCAGCCCUCCAGCGGCUCCCUGGCCUCCAGCACCACGGGAGCCGAGAGCAUUGCGUCCAAGUCCAACAUCGCCAAGGCCAGGAGCGAGAGAACGUGGGACGCGGAGGAGCAGGAGUCAACAGUGGACAAUGAGGAUGUGAGAGAACCUUUAGAAUCUCAGAGCGAUCGCACGUAUUCCGAUGAGGAGGAGCUAUGGAUGGGGCCCUGGAACAAUCUGCACAUACCAAUGACAAAACUGUGACUUUUGUAUUUUCACUUGUGACAAAAUGAACUUUUUAGUAUUGUCCCCAAUGACUUAAUUCAUGGCAUAAAUCUCAAUUGAAUUGCGCUUUAUUUCAGCAUUAUAUUUGCAUUUAUUUAUCAGUAACCCACUGGUUUCUUGUUAAGUGUUGCAAACGAAAGCAACAUCGCAAUUAAUUGGCUUCAUCUUAAAAAUGGUCUUCUCUCUAUUAAGCUACUGUACAUUCAUCCAAAAGUUUAUGCAACCAGUAAGCUAUUCGGUUUCCUUUAAAUACAGAAUACUAACCAUUUUGAAUUUACUUAGGAUAAAACAUGCUCUUUUCCCAAUAUUGUCACUUGUAGAAUGUUCUUUCCUAAGAGGAGUUUAUGAAAAUGUCUCGGCGACACAGAGGUGUCUUAAUCAGGGAUGCACUUGCUGUCCACGUAGGCCUUUUCCUGUGCCCCAAUCAUAAAAGUCACUCAGACCCGAAUACAGUGUUAUUUUUGUCAUUUUUAUACAGAUUGUUACAUUUUUGAGGGAUAUUUGAAAUACUAUCCUGUUUGCUGCAUACUGCAUAUUUGCCAUGUCUUGAAAUAACAAUUCUGGUUGUGGUCUGGUUUUGAAUCAAUAUUCGUAAUGGCCGUGUGAUGUUUAUAAGCACAUGAAAAACCAAUGCAGUAAUCUUUGUUCAAGUGCUGCCUUCACAAAUAUAUCAGAUAUGUCUUCAACCUAAUGAUGGAAACAGAAAUAAACAUUUCUCAUCAAACUGUUGCUACUUCUAUUCACCUAGU